UAAUGCCAACAGAUUCAUAGACCAAGCUCAAGAAGAGUUUAAUUGCUGUGGAUUCAAUGGGCCAGAUGACUGGGUCAACACCACGUAUUUCGAGGAGACAGGAGGAAUGCUACCUCAGAGUUGUUUGUGUGGCAAUCUCAACUGUGGAAGCUGUAUUCGUUUGGAGAAGAAUGUGACUCGAAUAGACCUGGAAGAAUUUAGUGUGGGCACGGGUU